UGGCAGGGAGCGGGGCCGGCCUGGGGCGGGGUUAGGCAGGUGAGUGACAGGCUCCGGGGGGCCGGCCCCAGCUGGGAGCCCCGAGCGAACCGGGAGUAGCUGCGGCGGUGCCCGCCCCCUCUCUCCGCCCCUCCAGCGGAGCUGGUCUCCGGCCGGGCACCGUCGCGGGCCCCCCUGGCCCGGCCACCUGGGACUGUGCUGGGUAGUCGGCCACCUCCCUCUCUCCCCUCGCCCGUAAAGUUUGUGGCGAAGCCGGUGCAGGGGUAGAGCACGCCCCCGGGGGAGAUCGGGGAGCUCCGGAUGCCGGGCGGCAGGAGCCGUUGACCCGGGACGCCGCCGUCCGGGGCAGGAGCGCGGAGCAGCCGACCACCACGCCGCCUCCGGUGCAUGGGGCCCGGCUGAGGAGCCAGCAUGGGCAACUGCGUGGGGAGACAGCGCCGGGAGAGGCCGACCGCCCCAGGACACCCCCGCAAGCGAGCAGCUGCCUAAAUUUAUACUUUGAAGAAUUCUCUCUGCUGUCUUUGUCUCCAUGUCCUGGAGGAGUCAUUCGCUGGGCCCUGCUGGUUCUUCCUUCAGCAGGUCUUACAAACCUGCCCCUUGUCACCUCAAGGCCAACUCAUCUCCCAGACUGAAGUUAGUUCCCCACCAAAGUCUGAAAGGACCAGCAUGCAGGGCGAAGAACUUUUAAGCCCUUGUGUCUCGGGUGAUGGAGAUGCAGUUAAUACUUGGGGAGGCUCACCGGCAUCGUGUCCAUCCUGGGGACGCAACGAGCCCCUGAAGAAGGAGCGGCUGAAGUGGAAGAGCGACUACCCAAUGACCGAUGGGCAGCUGCGGAGCAAGAGGGAUGAGUUCUGGGACACAGCGCCCGCCUUCGAGGGCCGCAAGGAGAUCUGGGACGCCCUCAAGGCUGCCGCCUACGCAGCCGAGGCCAACGACCACGAGCUGGCUCAGGCCAUCCUGGACGGAGCCAGCAUCACCUUGCCUCAUGGCACCCUCUGUGAAUGCUACGAUGAGCUGGGCAAUCGCUACCAGCUGCCCAUCUACUGCCUGUCGCCACCCGUGAACCUGCUUCUUGAGCACACUGAGGAGGAGAGCCUGGAGCCCCCCGAGCCCACCCCCAGUGUGCGCCGAGAGUUCCCGCUGAAGGUACGCCUCUCCACGGGCAAGGACGUGAGGCUCAGCGCCAGCCUGCCUGACACGGUGGGGCAGCUCAAGAGGCAGCUGCACACCCAGGAGGGCAUCGAGCCAUCCUGGCAGCGAUGGUUCUUCUCUGGAAAGCUGCUCACAGAUCGCACGCGGCUCCAGGAAACCAAGAUCCAGAAAGAUUUUGUCAUCCAGGUCAUCAUUAACCAGCCCCCGCUGCCCCAGGACUGAGGAGCCCACGGACCCCUGGGCAGAGAGACCAGGGAAGGCCUCUGCAGGGCUGAGAGGCCUCCCGGCUGGAGCACUAGUCACCCCCACCCUGCCGCUGCCUUUGAGAGCCGUUCUUUUCUCCAGGGGAGCCUCCCGUGUAUGGCUGCCGGGCGAGCCCUGAGGGGACCCUGCUUCCCAGGGACUCCAUGGGCCACCAGUGCCCAGCACGCAGGAAACAGUGUGCUGCCACACACAGGCCUUGCCAACCUUGUCAGAGUAAAGGCAAACCAGGGUCCUCCACCCUGCCUCUCUCCCGCGGCAGGUUCAAGCCACGAGGGCCAGCCCGGAGGCCCCUGGAGCCCAGAUCUGUCAUCUGGUGCUGCCGGCUGUGCUCACUCCGGUUUUCUGCUCAGGGUCUGAAGCAGCUGCUGUCUCCCUCCCUUGCCCCUACCCCCUGACUCUGCCCUGGGCCCAGUGCCAGCCCCCCAGAGGGGAGGGGACCACUCGUGAGCCCCGGGGGUGGGGAGCCCGAGGCCGGCCUCUGCCUCUCCCGGCCCCCAGCACAGCUGGCAGAGAUGAGGUGGUGGUCGAUGGCUGGGCUGUCGUGGCAGAGGCCUGCACAGGGCCAUCUCCUGGCUGUAACCCCGGCAGUGGGGGGUCUGCAGCCCGCUCACGGCCCCGCAGCAGGUCCCUGUGUGCAGACACGUCUGCAUAUUUAUCAAUAAAGCCUUUUGCUCCUUC